CCAUGGUCAACCUAGGUGAGACGUCUUUAGGGAAACCGUCAAUCAAUGAAUACCAGAAAUAAAAGAGGCUGGAAUCGAAUCGUUCUUCUUACCCUAAGGGCUUUCCCCUCAACUUCAAGGCUCAAAAAUUCAACGGCCCAUUCACCCUCAUUCAAGACGGCUAUUGAGACACCGUGGCCAGCUCGACCUUGUCCUCAAUCCUGAUUUUAGCAUCACCGUACCAAGUUGUUUCCCUGGUCUGCUCGUUUGCAAGGCCUUAGGCUGCUCAAUCAAACGCUUGAAUAGAUCGCACGUGGUGUUUCGGGCGACUCUCGUUGCUCCGGCCGCACAGGGUCUGCGGGAGAUCGGCGCGAUCCAUGGGACCCUUAUAUACCGGUGAAAGGGAAACAGAUUUGCUGGUGCUAGGUAUCAGGAUUCAUAAUUUCUCUCUUAUUAUGCCUCGUAUGCGAUCCUUUGCUAAUGUAGCAAUUUCGGGGGUUCUUGUGGUCGGUGUCCUCUAUUUGAUAUUCCCUGUUCUCGGCGACAUUUGCCAACAUUUUGAUUUUUCCGGGGAGAAACGAGUCGAGAGCUUCAAUUUCAGGCCGACCAAAUUCGAAGAAAUUUGCUUUAGUGGCAAUACCAACUCAGCAAACACCAUACCUAGAGUGGUCCAUGUCAUAUGGCUCGACAAUACUGAGCUGAACUUUAGAAGCUACUUGACGAUACGAUCAGCGUUGAUAUCUCUACAGCCCGAUCGAAUCAAGCUCCACGUUACCGAUCUCAAUGAGCAGAAUGAGUGGUUCAUGAAACUACGCGACAAUGUGACUCUUGUGCGGCACGAUCUGGAAACCGAAUAUGGACAGCAAAUCAAAGCCAAGUGGCAGAUACCUCAUAUCGCAGAUUUACUCCGCCUCAAUAUCAUUGCCAAGGAAGGCGGGAUAUAUCUUGACAUGGACGUUAUCGCGCUGCGAUCAUUUGACAAUCUGUUAGGCUGUGAGAAAGACCUGAUCCUAGGCAAUGAAGGCGGAGAUCGACAUGGACUAUGCAACGCGAUCAUCAUCGGCCGCCCGGGCUCCUCCUUCGUUAAACGUUGGCGCGAGAGCUACAGCACCUUUACCACCACCGAGUGGAACUACCAUUCUGUCAUUUUACCCAAGGAGUUAUCAUCUUUGCACCAAGACAUUUGCACGGUUUCGCCUUCAGUCUUUUAUUGGCCGACCUGGACAAAGAAACAUAUCCGGUACAUGCAUGAGCCAAUCACUCAAAGCGAAGCGCGAAAAUUUGAAGCUACAAUUAUCGAGAAUGGAGGAGGGAUGUAUCCCGAUCAGCUUGCGUAUCAUGCGUGGAGCCAAGUCGCCUCCACUUAUUUGAAUGAUCUGAGCCCGGCGAAAGUGGAUUCUGAGAAUACUCGAUAUAAUGUACUGGUUCGCCGAUUCAUAGAAUGA